GACUUUGUGCGUGUAAAACAUAUGUAUUUUGUAGUAAUUAAGUACUAUGUUAUUGCCAAUGGGAGCUGAAAACAUUUGAUAGCAUUAUGAUUUAAGAUGAUAAAAUAAUUUAAUUUUUAAGAAAAACUUUCUCGAAAUUACUUUUAAAAGUGUUUUUCUCUUUCUUUCUAUAUCAUUAAUUAAUUAAUUCUGCCCACCUGAAAGUUAGUUUAAAAUUUAAAUGAGUACCGAUUCAAGUCCAGGGUGUACGUUGUUUGGAGGGCACCAACAAAAGUGUGAAAUAAUCCUUGGUGUUCGAUAUACUUCAGCAACUCUUUCUAUAAUUGGAUGUCUCUUCAUUGUUGGAGUGAUAUGGCUUUUCAAAAAGUAUGAAGUUUUUGCACAGAGACUGAUCCUGUAUUUGUCUAUGGCUGCAUUUUUAUCAAGUGUUGGAUAUCUAUUUGCAGGAAAUUAUCCCCAAAGCCCAUCAUGUAAAUUUGAAGCUUUCUGGUUAACCUACUUUGAAUGGGUUGUACUUUUGUGGGUAUGCUGUAUCACUGUUAAUCUUUUGUUCAAUGGAAUCCUGACGAGAAGAACAGAUCAUUUUGAAUGGUUGUAUCACGUCAUAUGUUGGUGCAUUCCAUUAGUGAUAUCAUGCUUUCCAUUUAUCAAUAAUAGUUAUGGAUAUGCUGGAGCUUGGUGCUGGAUUCAACCCCAGUUCCCUUAUUGGAGAUUUGGCAUUUGGUAUGGGCCACUGUUUGUGAUCAUUGGUCUGCUUUUUGUGUGCUACUUGUAUCUUACAAUACAUCUAAGAAGAAAGGUAAAAAGCUGGGAAGGUCUUUAUAACCCAGAACUGGAAAGGACAAAAGAAGUUCUUCGACAACAGAUUAGACCCCUCCAAUGGUAUCCACUGAUCUAUUUGUCUUUGUCAGUUUUUCCACUGAUACAUAGAAUCCAAAAUGCCAUCAGUCAUGAAAAUGUAUUUGGUUUAAUGCUGCUACAUAUACUAUUUGCCCCUCUGCCAGGGACUGUUAAUGCCAUAGUGUUUACUUUAGAUAGAGAAACUACAUCUCGACUUAGCUGGAUUCAAGUGAAGAGAGCAUUUUUAUCUCACUUUACCAAACAGACUAUCAUCGGAGAGUAUCCUGCUGAGGUGCAUUCACCAAUUUCGACAUCUAAUUCACAACCCAUUAUAGACAUGGAAAUAACAUCUGAACAAACAGAUCUCGAUGUACAUGUAUCACAGGUUUAAUUAUAGAUGUUUCAGAAAUAAGUAUUUUGAUGUUCCUUGUAUAUUUUUUUAUUCAUUUCUUUUGAAAGCAAUCUCACAUCUUUGAUUUUUGAAGUCAACAUUAUUUUUUAUUAUUAUUUUUUUGUCUUCUUAUAAGUUCUUACUUAAAGUACUUCAUGUAAAUUGUCAAUGAAAUUCAUUUUGAUGUUUUUUUCCCAUAAUAUGAAAUAUAUUUAUAUUUCAUUAUAAGUAAUACUAGAUCAUGUACAAAAUUGAGGGUGUAUUUGUGAGAUGCUGCGUUUGAAUAUGGUACUAACAAAGGAGAAUUAUAUUAGAUAAUUGUUUCUCUGGUUGGUUAAAAUUUUGAAGGAUAUAUUAUGUCUAAUAAAUUGUUAUAAAAACAAUAAGUUAAGAAAUACUUUAAUCUAUUUUAUUGUGUUCACUUCGACCAAUUUUUUUAUUUUAAUUUCGAAUAUUUCUUAUCCAAUGUGAGACUGUUAACUACAUAGCAUACUCAUUAUAUUAACUGUAACUAACAGCAGCUUGACAUGUGAAAAAGGAAAAUAAUUAGCAAACUAGAUAUCAAGGGCUUUUUUUAUGUUUAACAUUCAGUCACACCACCUUUGAUGGAUAUGUUUCGAGGUAAAAUAAGUUAUAAUUUAUAACUUGUUUGCAAUAGAGUAACUAAGAUACAUGAACAGUAUUGAUAGGCAUAUCUGAGUUUUUAUGAUGAUUGAGACCUUGGAAUUUUAACAGAUUUUUCAAAGUAUUUUAAAAUAAAUAUUAUUCUGUUACAAUUUGCAGUUUAAGAAAAACAACAAUAUUAAUAUCACUUUUAUUGGAAAACUUAAUAAUUAAAAAAAGUAUAUUCUAUAUUAAUAUAUGUUUGUAUCUCCAAAUUUAGAUUUUUUUAUAAACGAAUUGCCUUUUAAAGAUCUUAUUACAACACAUUAAUAACAGUACAGAGACUGUAAAUGUGUCUAUUGGUUUUAGGUAUCACUGUCAUUUGCACUACCUUUUUUAUUUCACUAUUCUAAGACACUUGAAUGAGUAUAUCAGAUUAUAGGUAUAAAGGUAAUAUAGAAUCAUGACAAUAAAUUUCAAGUCUUUGUAUAUCAAAUUUAGAAUUUUAACAGAAGUUGAAUGUGAGAAAAUUACAGCAAAUUUUGAAUAUAUAUAGACACACACACACACCAUUGAUUUUUGAAAAUAGAAUUUUUAUGAGGUAUAUUCCUGGUGUAAUUUGUUAAGAAUUGUAUGUUUGGCAGUUCUUUUUAUUCAGUAUGACACUGUACUGCCUACCUACAUGCAAAUUAAUUAAAGCCAAACAAUGUGUAUUUUGUCAUAAAACUAUAUAUGUAAAAUGUCUAUACAUGAAUAUGUUUUGUUUUUUUUCACAAAGGUGUUGGAUACAAGUUAUUUUUUAUACUCAAAGUUUAUAAAGAUUUCUAAAUGAUAAGUCUUAAUGUCAAAUCUUUUUAAGAACAAAUUUGAACUUGUUGACUUCCUUAUAUUUUUCUAUGCAGUUUGAAGCAGUUUACAGAUUUUUUCCAUGCUGAAUUGAUGAUCAGUCUUGUAUUUGCCUUCAGAAUUAAUUAUCACCUUAUUUUACUAGUUUUUGUUUGAUAUUAUGCUGUAUAUAAUUUUGCCUUUUCCUGGCUGUCAUGGAAAGUUUCUAAUAAUAGUAAUUACAAUGUUAUUUCUUCUUUCCAGUCUCCAAUAAUUAGCACUAUUCUUGUUAUUUACAGUUACAAACAGUAUUUCUCAAAUUAUGAUCUAACUUAAUGUAAAAUUGGGUUUCUUUGUGAUGUAAUUAAAUUUUGUUUACAAUGAGAUCAUUUCAUUCCUAAAAAUAUCUAAGGUUAACUAAAAAAAAUUAUAACACGUUUUUAUAUGCUAUAUAACCAUAUAGGUUAUGAGCUCUUUCUACCUGUAUAAUGAAUAAAAAAGGAAAUACUUUAAAAAUAAUUCAUCCACUAUUUUACAUUGUCAGCAAAACUACUGAAUUUUUCUUUGCUCCUUUACAAUUGAUGAUUGUGCUUUGCUGCAUGUAACUGUGAAGAGACAUAUUUUUUUGCUAACAUGUCCACAUCUGUUAGUAAAAGAAUCGGAAAUAGUAUGUAUUGAUAAAAAAAUUUUGUCCAUCUGUUAAUAUCUUUCUUCAACAGGAAAGAGGAUAAGGAAAAACUGAUGUUUUAGAUUUAACAUAAACAUAAAGUAAUUAUAUUUUACCAGAUAUAUGUAUUAUGUCUAAGUUGUUACAACAGAUUUGAUAUUGUAUACAAAUUAAUACCAAAUAACACACAAACAGUAUAUUAGUUCAUUUUUGUUCAAAGAAUUUGAUAUCUGUCAGAAUAAGAGAUAACUGAUUUUAUGCUUUUAUAAAUUAAUCAGGUAAUAUUUAAUAACAUUGAACUUGGCUGACUUUACACCAAGGUCUCUGCAGCAAUGUUAAAUAAUUUAUUGCUUGGGAUGGGAAACACAAUCUCUGUUUGGUAACACAUUUCGUUAUUGUAAAAUAUACUUAAUUUUUUCCUACAAAAAAAUUUAAGUGAUAAGAAAAUCAAAAUAAUUUUUCAACACAUUGCUACAUUCAAAUAUAU